GCACCUGCCGCUGACCGGAUAAAACUGCUCAGAAAGCGACUCAAAAGCGGGAAAACUUGUACACGAAAAAGAGCCACGCUACUCAACUCCGCAGCCUCAGCCUCAGCCUCUGCCCCCAUGGAUGAUGUUAGGGCAACCUCUGCUUGGGUUGCUAGCCACUCCUCCCAUGUCCUCGUCGACUCUUCAGGGAUCGAGAAAGUGGUGGAGACUAUCGAGUCGAUUCCUAAAGUUGUCUGGGAUUUUGAAGGGAUUCACUAUUUUGAUAAUGGCCCAUUGACCGUCCAGUACUUGUUCGUUUUGGACGCCUUGAAUUUCUGUUUCUGGCCUGAUAAGGAAUUGAGCUACGAUCAUUUGGCCUCGGGACUGAAGGCUUCCCUUCAAAAUGACAAGUCAGCAUUUGAUGCUGAUCGUCUGCAAAAAUACACUGGCCCUGAAUUGCGGGAACUGUUGAAAUGGCCUAGACCACUUCCUUUGGAGGAUGAAAGAGUUCGCUUGCUGCAUGAGGUUGGAUGCGAACUAGAGAGAAGCUUCGAGGGUAAAGCUGCUAAUAUAGUGGAAUCCUGUGGGAAAUCAGCUGUGAAGCUUGUUGCUGUUAUCACACGACACUUUCCUGGCUUUCGAGACCACUCUCUUUACAAAGGCCACCAGGUAUUCCUAUACAAACGAGCUCAAAUAUUUGCAGCUGACCUUUGGGGUGCAUUCCGUGGCCAAGGAUAUGGAGAGUUCAAUGACAUUGGUUCAAUCACCAUUAUGGCAGACUACAUCGUUCCUGCUGUUCUUCGACAGCUUGGGGUGCUAAAAUACAGUUCUACACUUGCUAGCAUCAUCGAUGCUAACAGUGAAAUAGGUCCAGGUAGCGAGGAGGAAGUAGAACUCCGAGCUUGCUCAAUAUAUGCAGUUGAGAAAAUGAGAGAAUUGAUGAGUAUGAAAUCAGGAAAACAGGUUCUAAGCGUGGAGUUAGAUCUUUGGCUUUGGUCCUUUGGAAUCCAGUGCCCAUCACUGCCACACCAUCGUACUCUUUCAAUUUACUAUUGAUUCCGACCAACAUUUGAUCUGAUAGCUUUCUGUUAUGCACCUGCCAGUUAAGAUUGGCAAAAUUUUGGUGGAUGAUGCUGGAGGUGAUUUCUCGAGGCAUCUCUUUUAGGAACUCUGAAGUUAGUAUCAAAGGACCCAAUAGAACAAAGUUUAGAUUUUGUAUAUCUUUUACUCUAGUACUGUUACAGACAGUCAAACGACAAUUAAUUUAUUGAAACAGAAUUGGGUUA